GGAAAAACUUGUUAGUAUUUUCCUUGUUACAUUUAUGUUAAAUUAAAUGAUCGAUGCAGCAUGAAUUCUAAUGUGAAUCAUUUUCAGAAGGUCAAAUGUUUCACUAAAAUUUCAAAUUAUGAUGAUUGUCUUGGUGAUUUGAUGUGGGGCCUAAAGAAUCUCCUGCUUGAAUUUAUUCCCCAAGAGAAGGACAAUGUAACUCAAGAGUAUUAUCUUCCAAUGAGCAAGGGAUUGCAAAAGUCCUCAAAAUCAUAUGGAUUUAAUGUCUCACUUCAACAGAUGGAUAGAGAGUUUGUAUACUUUCUUGGUUAUUUGGUACAUCUUGACUGGACUUCAUUGAUUUUGCCUAUCAUCUUCCGCAAAAUGUUUGAUCAACAUGUUUGUCAGAUUGGUGAAUCAAUUAAAAAUAAUGUGAUAUAUGCAAAAGUGAUUGCACAUAUCCUUGUUCCUGAGUUUGCAGACAAAUUUGAUUUAUUCAAGUUGCUACCUAGUGAUCAAGCACAUAAGGCUGCGAGUGUAGCAAGAGAUUUACAAACAUCGGGGAAAUCUAUCUGUGUACGUGACAAAGAGGCCAUAAUGGCAGUUUGUGAUUAUCUUUCAUCUGUUCAUGAAAACAGACAGCGCUAUGUGCAGUUUCUCAAAUCUGAGUGUACAAAAGAGGAAUUGCCAAGAAUCAGGGGGCACAUUAGUCUACUGAACUGGUGGUUUUGUUCAGUGGCAAAAGCUUCUAGUUCAGAUAAGUUGAUAGUUGAUGCUCCGGACAGUGUGUCCGAUCAAAUUAGAGAUAGACAUGAUGCUAAGACUGGAGAAAAGGCUGAGAAGACAGCCCCAGGUUGAAAAGACCAUGGGCGAAAAUAAUUCAUGUGAUGACAAAUCUGUACGUAGUGAUGAGUCUGGUCUCUCCUGUCAUGAUUCAUUUCAGAAAGUUCCGAACGUUGAGAAUGCCAAACCUUAGCAGCAACCUGUCUAUAUUUCUGUAACAACAGAACAUCAAGGUGAUGCUGAGGUGUUCAAGAUGGGAGAGAAGGCUGAGAAGACAGACCCGGAGGUUGAGAAGACCAUGAGCAAAAAUAAUUCUUGUGAGGACAAAUCUGCACAUGUUGAUGAGUUUGGUCUCUCCUGUCAUGAUUCGUUUA